AUGUCAGUUAUUGUGACUACUAAAAUUCCUCAGAAUGCAGUGUUUUUUGCAGGUGAAAGAUUUCGUUGUGAGAUCACAUUCACAUGUCCUUACAGUUAUUCAGGAAGAGUUACAACAGAAGAUAAAACUCACGCAGGAAAUAACGUUAAUUCACAAAUUUCCAUCAAUAAUCCUUUCGCCAACCUCCCAACCUCCACCACCAAUUCUACCACUACUAAUGCGACUAUUGCUGAAACUUCAAAUACAAUAAAAUCUGAGACAAAAACAGUGAACAGUGAAGAAAAUUCCAACUCUGACACAAAUGAAAAUAACGACAAGGUCGCCACACCCUUGACGGAAUCAUUUCAUUUUGCAGAUGCAGAAAUAGAUGAAGAAGGUGGAUUGAUUAAUUUGCAUAAAGCGGACAUUAGUGAUACCAUUUCCAUUAGUGAUUAUGACACAACUGAAUCAACGCCAAGAAGCUCAGUUGAUUUUUAUGGUAUUGGCUAUUCAGAUAGAGGUAGCGGUACUUGGAAUGGAUCACUAAUAGAUUAUAAAAAAUACAAUAUCAGCAGACAUUCCUCGAAUGGAUUUAGAUGCAGUUCAUCACCUUCCUUAACUCAAAAAUAUGAAACAUUACUGUGGGGAUUUGCUCAGAUUGUAGGACAAUUUACUGUAGAUGCUUCAUUGAUUAAAUCUAUCGAGUUUGAACCAUUGAAAACAAAAACAAUGUAUCGACCAGCUAGUGGAAAUGGAGCAGGUGGAGCAGUUGGUGGUGGAACAUUGGGAAUAUUUUCACCAAACUCGAUGAAUCAAUCGAGUUUGGCUGAUCUUCAAGAAAGAGCUGACACAUAUGAAUCAAGGCUACCAAAUGAUCUACCUCCUACACAUCGAGGCAAAGCAAUAAAAUUCUAUUAUAAUUUAAUAAUUGGAACUCAUCGGGGAUCAUCUUUUCUAUUGAUAAAAGAGGAUGGUUCGAGGCCUGUUUAUGAUCUGAUGAACCCUGUAGUUAUAUACAAAGAUGAAGCAGUGAUAACAUUUAAGGAGGAUAUGCCAAAGCCAAAAUUAGUUAAAAAAAGAGAUGAUAAACGUGAAGAAUUUAUGGAUUAUAUUAAAAAACUUGUCCAAAACAUGAAUAAAGAUGAUCAAUCAACGGAUAAAGAUGAGGAAGAGACGGAAAGCAAUAGUAGUAGGAAUGGUAGGAAUGAUAGUGAUAAUUAUGUAUUUGUUGAAAAAUCCGAGACACCAGUAGCAAACACCACAUCAAUUUUGUCAAAAAAUAUGAGAAAAAUUGCACAAUUGUGCCUUUUGAAAACAUCUUAUCGAUUAGGUGAUAUUGUCACUGGAAUUGUAAAUUUCAAUGACGCUGUUAUACCAAGUUUUCAGGUAUCAAUUACUCUGGAAAAUAGUGAAAUAGUGGAAUCAUCUAUUGCUAAACGUCCACAAAAUCAGAUUUCACGUCAAACGCGUAAAGUACAUGGAGAACAUCAUGAGUUUUGUCUUAAUUCAGAGAGGAUCAGCUUUUCCAUUUCCAUCCCAACGCAUGCCACCCCCGAUUUUUCUACAACAGGAGUGAAACUUCAAUGGGGUAUAAGACUAGAAUUCAUUACUGGUCCGAAGGGUCAUGUUCCAUUGGUAACUUUAACUGCCGAUGAACGGCAUCAUUAUUAUCAAGCUGUUGAGGAUGUUAGGGUGGAAACCUUUGAUUGUUUUAUUCCAAUAAAAGUAUAUCCAACAUCUUAUGAAUCUGCACGGACGUUUCCUUCUCAUCACACAUUUCGCGUAACAUAG